GUGCUGACUAGACCCACCAGUGCAGAAUGGCCAGAGCAGGGGUCACAAGCUGAGGGACGUGGACAGGAGCCGAUGCUCCCAAGACCACAAGAUCCCAUCGCGGACACGUGAAGACGGGCAGUAGUAGCUCCGGAGGCGGGGAUGGAAGGACUCUUGCUCGAGGCCGCCCCCCAGGGUUCCGAGGCAGGAGAAACCUGGCAACCAGAGGGUCAGGUCAGGGAGAGCUGCCUGAAGCAAGAGGCCUUGACCCACGCGGAAGAGCCCGCAGGGCGAGCUGUGCCGGCGCAGGAUGAGCUCAGCGCAGGGAUUCCGGGAACCGGCUCGAGCCCUCCGCGUCCCCAAACCGACAGAGGACCCCAGAGGCGCGGGGCGCCAAGGAAGAACCGGAAGCAGAAGCAGGCGGAGUCCAGGGCGCAGGAGCGCGGGGGCGGACCGGGGAAGCCUUGGAAGUGUGGGGACUGCGGCAAGGCCUUCAGCUACUGCUCAGCAUUCACCCUGCACCAAAGAACGCACACCGGGGAGCGGCCGUUCGCGUGCGCCGAGUGCGGCAAGGCCUUCAGCCAGAGCGUGCACCUGACGCUGCACCUGCGCACGCACACGGGCGAGCGGCCCUACGCGUGCCCAGAGUGCGGCAAGGCCUUCAGCCAGGGCUCCUACCUGGCGUCGCACUGGCGCACACACACGGGCGAGCGGCCGCACCGCUGCGCCGACUGCGGCAAGGCCUUCGCGCGCCCCACGCACCUGGCCCAGCACCGGCGCGUGCACACGGGCGAGCGGCCGUUCGCGUGCGGCCAGUGCGCCAAGGCCUUCCGCAACCGCUCAUCCCUGCUGGAGCACCAGCGCAUCCACACGGGUGAGAAGCCGUUCGUAUGUGCGCAGUGCGCCAAGUCCUUCCGCUUCUCGUCGGCGCUCAUCCGCCACCAGCGCACACAUACGGCCGAGCGGCCCUACGCCUGCGGCCAGUGCUCAAAGGCCUUCUCGCAGACCGCGCACCUGACGCAGCACCGGCGCGUGCACACGGGCGAGAAGCCGUACGCCUGCCCCGACUGCGGCGCACCCUUCAGCCAGAGCGCCUCGCUGGCCGAGCACCGGCGCAUCCACACGGGCGAAAAGCCGUACGCGUGCGCGCAGUGCGGCAAGGCCUUCACGCAGGUAUCGCACCUGAGCCAGCACCAGCGCGUGCACACGGGCGAGCGGCCCUACGCGUGCCCGGACUGCGGCCGCGCCUUCAGCAACCGCUCGCACCUGCGGCAGCACCAGCUGGCGCACACGGGCGCCAAGCCCUACAGGUGCCUGCAGUGCGGCGUGGCCUUCAGCCACGUGUCCUCCCUCAUCGAGCACCAGAAGGUCCACACGGGCGAGAGGCCCUACCGCUGCGCACAGUGCGGGAAGGCCUUCAGCCAGGGCUCCUCGCUCACACUGCACCAGCGCACGCACACGGGCGAGCGGCCGUACGCGUGCCCCGAGUGCGGCAAGGCCUUCAGCAACCGCUCCUACCUGAUCCAGCACCACAUCGUGCACACCGGGGAGAGGCCCUUCGAGUGCGGCGGCUGCGGCAAGGCCUUCAGCUUCUCCUCCGCGCUCAUUCGCCACCAGCGCACGCAUGCCGACAGGAAGCCCUGCUCAGGCGGCCGGUGCGGCAACACCGUCGCGCAGCUGCCACCCCUGACGCGAUACCUGAGCGGCCCCCGGGAGGAGACGCGGGUUGGCGGCGGGGAUGUGGCGGACCUGGCCGCAGGCGGGCGGGCCGACCGGAGCUGACGUGCAGCGCGCGCCUCCGCUAGCCUGGGGGCGUGCCCGCGCGCGUUCGCGGAGCACUUCCGGCCCCGAUGCGCUCAGGGGAGUGCCGCCCCGCUCCCGGAGCCGCGGGUGCUGGGAGAGGCGCAGGGACUCACCCGAGGUCACACCGGGAGGGAGUCCCCGGGUGGGACUCGACCCCUCGUCUGCCAGACUGCUCCCCACGCCACACACACCCCCGCGGCCUCCUGGUUCAGAGUGAGGAAUGUGACCCGAGACAGGAGACCCAAAGAAGUGUCCGUGCGUCCCUAGCGAGCGUUUAGUUGAAGGUUUUGUGACCGAGUCGGCAUUUGUUCAAUAAAUUUAGCUGCGUAAAAAGUUCAGCUCCUUUGGGGGAAGUGGGCGUGUUAAUGAGGGAGCAGCGUCUGAAGGACGCGUGGGCUCUGCGGCUGCGAACAGCGCUGCCCAGAUGAGGACGGGCCGGAGGAGGACAGGUUCUAGAAGAGGCCUCUCCCUUGACAGACCGGAGGGAGUGGACCCCGGCCUUUUCCAGCGCGAGGACGCACUCUCCCCUGCUCCAGCUUUCUCCGCCCCCAGCUCACAACCCUCCGCGCAGUGACGCGUCAGUUAGCAGUUGCUGCGUAACAAUCCUCCCGAGUGCACUUGUCCCUUUAAUGCUGUCCAUGGGGGGUGUUGGCUAGACUCACUGACGCAUCUGUGGUCAGCGGAUGGUUGGAUGGGGGCUGGCUGUCCCAGGGCUGCUCAGCUGGGCCAACGUCCCUGUCUUCCUCAGGAGGCACAUCUGACCUGGCUUGGUGCUCCCAGCACUAGCAGGAAUUUGGGAGAGUGGGCCCACACAAGCACUGCUUCCUGCCUCUGGUUAUGUCGAGUUUGCUUCUAGACCUAUCAGCCAAAGCGAGCAUCAUAGCCAAGCCUGGGAGCAGUGUAGGGAGGGCCUUUCCAAUGGUGUUAUGAGACAGAAGACAGGGGUCACCUACUAUCUCCACGAGGUAAUUUAUGGCCAUACAGCAUGAGCUCUACAAAAUUACACUGUGGGUAACACAUUUCUUGGGUCCACAAUUAGCAAAUUAAAAAAAAAAUUCCUACCCCUAUCCUCUUCCAUCCCCUCUAUCCAAGUCCCCCCUUCCCUAGAAGCAACCAUUCUUGAGUUUCCUGGUAUCUUUCCAGCAUCUUAUAUGCAUAUAGAAACAAAUAUUUAUGUGGAUAUUUGUAAAAAGAUGCACAGCAUACCUUUCUGUACAGUAGCACAUGGCACAUAGCUUCCCACCUCUUAUUAUUUUAUAUCUGGAAGCGCCUUGUACCAUUAGACAAGAGAACAGGUGUUCCCGUUUCACAAGGUUUGGGCAUCAGAUUUCAUGGGUAUCACUUAUGAUUCUUUUGAUCUCACUGUGAUGUGUUCAGCUCCAGAAAAGAAAAAAUCAUGGGAAAAAUAUUUUCCAGUUAGGAAUUUUUUUUUUACAAGGUUGACCAAUGAAGUGUCCUGUAUCAUGGGACAACGUAAACCCCCUCUGCAUAAAAACGAACCCCCCACAUUAAAUAAUUUUAUGAGAUUUUUCAUUUAUACAAAAAAGGUACAAUAAAUGCCCAUAUGCCCAUCCAAUUUGAAUGCCUUAAGAACACUAUCUUAAUAGAAUAUGAACACAAUACCCAAAAAUGUCUUCAUAACAAAAUUUGCCAUAUUUUAUGAUACAUAUUUGCUUUUAGAAUGGGUCAUGAAAAUAUGUCUAUUUUUUUUCAUGGUCUAUUUUCUCAAGUAAAUUGCAGACAUGGUAUCACUUUACUGCUAAAUACCUUAGUUUGUAUCUCCUUGGGAAAAGAAAAAAUAGCUUCUAUAAAACCACAACAUCAUCACACCCAGUAAAAGAUUAAUUUCUGGAUGUCAUCCAGUGUCUAUUCCAUAUUCAGAUUUCCUUUCCUGAAAAAGUUUGAAAAGGGGAUGUAAUUUGUCAAAAUAAUGUCAAGCCUUGAAAAUAAACAUAAAUGAUCUUUAAUGUGUACAAGGAGGAGAGAAGCUAAGACAGUGACACAGACACAUAAACACAAAGACAUCUGUCUUCCUGCUCCAUCAGCUUCCCUGGCUCUUAGUCCUACCAAGGAAGCUGGCAAAGGGCCAAGGAGGGCAGGAUGUGUGCUGUUACUUUUGCCCUGGCAUUACCUACACAGGUCUUGGCACGCAGUAGGUCCUCAGGAAAUCUCACAUGAAUAGACAAAUGAGUGGAAAAAUCCCUGACCUGUCUUAUGUCAAGACUCAUGGUAUCUUGAGUCUUCUCUGUGCUCCAGACAGCACCUAGGCCUCAGCACAGAGUAGAUCCUUAUGAAGUACUGGGUGACUAGUUUUAACAUCCCAGCAUUGGCCCUGGAGUCAUUCAAGGCCAGAGGCCACACAGUUGCUUCCUCCCUGUACCCAGACAUCAUCCAGCCCAAGCACCAGCACACAGUAGGUCCUUAGGAGAUAUACAUUAAUAGGCCAGGUAAAUUAAUAAAUAAGUGAACAUCCUUAGCACCAGCCCUGAAUCGGAGAGCAUGCGUCUUCAUUCCCUCCUAUAAUCCAAACUGUCUGGCCCAACUCUCAGCACAUAAUAGGUCCUUAAGAAGCUCCAGGUGACUGAAUAAUUGUACUUACCAGCAUCAACCCUGGAGUCAUUCAGAGUCAGGGAUGACACAGCCAGUUCAUCCCUAUGCCCCAGAUAUCUCCCAACUCAAGUGUCAACACACAGUAGGUCCUCGGGAGAUAGAGUGAAUGAAUAGUUGAACAUGCCCAGCUCCAACUCUACAGCCAUUCAGGGUCAUGGGCCACACAGUCUGACUCCUCUUUCUGACCUUCACCCAGCUGAGGUGCUCUGCACACAGUAGGUCUUCAAGGAGUGCUGGGUGAAUGGAUGAAUGAGUGCAAUGGGACUCUCGUUUGCAGACAUAGGCCUGAGUUCAGUCACCACAGAGACCAGGGGAAACUUGCCCUCUAGGGCAGAAAGGAUGGAGGUCCCAGGCUCUGAGAAUGGGCGAGGCCAUAUUUGCCAACUUAAGUGACGUUCCCUCCCCCCUUCCCCACACACACUGUGUUCCCCAGGUACUUUAUACAGAUGCUUCCCUGAGUCCAACAUGUCCUGUUCCAGGAAGGAACAGAGCAGCUCAAGAGCAUGGGGGAGUGGCUCAGAAAAGUGUGGGGUCCCGCCAGCUGGCGUGGAGAGUUCCCAGGAAACACAAGCUGAACUCUGCAGCCACCUCCCCCAAUUCAACCUUCCCAGGAAUCAGUUCCCCCAGGAAGACCCAGCAGAGGAGGACAGACCAGAACCUCAUGAACACAUAACUGUCUGUUGGUUAUACAGGCUAUGCAGAGAGUGGCCAGUGGAGGGAGGUGCUAUUUGCUGACGGUGGUGGAGGCUUGUCUGAGGAGACGUUGGAGCAGAGCACUGCAGGAGGUGAGGGGGCCACCUCAGCUUCUGGGGGAAGAGCAUUCCAGGAAGAGGUCCAUUCCAGAGUCAGUGCAAAGGUCCAGAGGCAGGCACAUGAUGGGCUUGUUCAAACAUCUGAAGGCCAGUGUGGAUGGGAUGGAGGGAGGGGUGCAAGCGCAGGCCAGUUCCCUCAGGGAUGGGCUGAGGGAUGGGCCCCUGAGGGAUGGGCUCAUCCCUCAGGGAUGAGGAAUUUGGCUUUUACCUGCUGAACUGAGUGGGUUAGGAAUGGUCUUAAUUAUGGCUUAAUGGGAUCUAUCUAGCUGUGGAGAAUGGAACAACAUGGUUGUGGGUGGAUACUUCUAUCGUCAAUGAAAUGAGGUUCUGGCAUGUGAUAGAAUCCAAAUGUAUGACCACUGCUUAUAUAAUUUACAUUAUUUUCAUGAUUAUUUCCCACAAAUUUGAUGAAGACUUGAGGCACAAGCCGAACUAAUCAGCCCACAGCCCCCACAGCACCCCCUUUGGCCUGGACAUCUGGGACAGUCCCCAUGGCAGCUCCUCAUUUCCACCCUUGCCCUGUCCUUCCUGUCCAUUCUCUGCCUGUUCCCAUGACAACUUGUUCCUGCCUUCAGCUACUAUUCUCUCCAUGCCUUAAUUCAAGGUUCCAGUUCUUGUGGCAGAGAAGGGGUAGGAGGUGGGACUGGGUGUGAUGAGAGUCUGUCCCGUUUCCCCCACUUUGCCACUUGGACGUGAAGAUCAGGGUGGUGGUGGUAGCCAUCCUCCCAGACAUGUGGAGAAAAAGAAGGAGGUCAUUCCUGAAAGAUACCAUAGCCCUGAGGUCAAUGAGGAGGAAAGGUUUUAGUGAUAUUUUUAGGCCCCAGGAACCAGCUAUAAAAUAAGCCAGUUUCCUCCUGAACUUUGGUGGUGUAACAUGAAUCAAUAAUUAAUCAAUAACAAGUUUAAGCUCCUUUGAAUUGAACUUCUGUUAUCUGCAACCAGUAAAUCCUAAU